AUAGAGGAAGCGAUAAUUAAGUCCCUCCUUUUUACACUGUUCACUCGCUUCUGUUCAAUUUUUUUUUACGCAUGUACCCCUAUAGCAUCAAAGGAGUAGUAUUUAGAUUAUAGGGCUGUAUCAUUGCAGAAGAACCGAUGCCUCCGAUUCUGCUUCCUCCCCGGUUGAUUGCGUUUGGUCACGAGCCUCGCGGCGAUAGGGUUAAUGUGUAUCAUAAGAUGAAAACCCUUUGCGCUAUCUUCAACGCUCUCGACGAUGGUGAACGGCAGUUCCUUUCUCGAUCUACAUUCGGUCAACUAUUGGAGUUUCCUAACAAACCCGCCUGGUCUGCGAGCUUUGGGAUUUUUAUAUUGGGUAGACAGUUGGAGGUGGCGAAGCCGAACGAGAUUUGGGUGCUCUUUGCCGGAAUUCCUAUUCGUUUUUCUUUGAGAGAGUUCAAGAUUGUUACGGGUUUACCUUGUGGGAAGUAUCCGAAUUUGAAGAAGAAAAAGAAGAAAGGCACUGCGGGGAAGACGAUUCCAUUUUACAGUAAGUUGUUUGGCCUUGAAGAAGAUGUAACUGUAGACCGGGCUAUUACGAUGUUGAAGAAAAGGAUUAUCUCCGAUGCCGAUAUGAGGAUCCGACUUGCUUGCUUAGCUAUUGUCGAUGGUUUCCUUGUCCCUACCUCUCAUUAUCCUAAGAUUGUUAAAGCUCACGCCGAAAUGGUUGAGGACGUGGAUGCAUUUCUUGCAUACCCUUGGGGCCGUCUCUCUUUCGAGAUGAUGAUUAAGUCGAUUAAAGAGAGGGAAAUUGAACAAUUAGCAAUUACUUGUUUUAGCGUUCAGGGGUUGUUAUACGCUCUGCAAUUGGUUGUCUUACAGGCAGCUCCAUCUAUUCAAGAUGGACCUGUAAUUGAUGAGAUCAUUGAGUCUGAAGCUGAAGCCGGCGAUGUCGAUGUUGAAGAUGCCCCUCGAGAGUCUGUCCCUUUCAAGCUAGGGAAUGCUAAAGUGUUGGAUAAAAAAUGCUCGAUUUUUGUUGAUACCAUUAUUUGUCCUGAUUAUGCGUUGAAUCCGGAGGAAGAUUUGUCUUGGUCUGAUGAUGAGGAAGAUGAGAAGGUCGAUAAUAUUCUGAUGUUUGUAGGUGAGGGUCUGAUUUUCAAGAAUGACAUGUUUGAUGGUGGAGUUAUCCCAUCCCAGUUGAAAUUGGCUUCAAAAAAACAAAAGCGAGGUGGUAAAUCCAAUGGUUGUCGCACUAGGAAAGCUGCCAAACUAACUAAGAACGGUGGUGUUAGGAGCAGACAAGAAAGACCUAUCCCUGAGGAAGGCGGGAGUUCAGGAGGUCCUUCGUUGGAGUCUAUUUCCCUUUUGUUGGAUGCCAAACUUGAAGGGCAGGCGAAAAAAAUCAUUGCCGCGGUGACAGAUUGGUUCACUAAAAACACUGUUAUUGAAGGCGAAACCUCGAAAGAGCCUGUCAGUGGGUCUACUCGUCAUAAGAAGGCUGCCAACAAUGGUAACGAUGGUGUUGCUAAUUCUGAUGGUCUGGGUUCCAAUGGUGGUGAUGAUGAUAUUGGAUUUGAUUCUCUCCGCCACUCCCGUGGCCAUGCUCGGUCUCAUUGCCGCGAAGGAACUUCUAAUGUCGAGGCCACUGUGGAUGAAAUUUUAUCUUUCUACUCUGAGAAGGUUCCAACUGGUGUUGGUUGCAAGGAGGCGGGGCGGGAGAAUGCUGUUCCAAUGGGUGAAGAUAUUCUCCAUGCUGGCGAUGUGGUCCAUAAUUCUCAGGGCGUUAACAAUGUUACAGCUGAUGUUCUCCCCCCUUCAGAAUGUGUUGAUGAAGAUAACCCCGAGGACGGUAACAAUGUUACAGGUGAUGUUGCCCCAUCCACAGAGGCUGUGGUUGAAGAUAACGCAGAGCGCGUUGAGAAUGUUCCAGUGAAUGAAGCAUUUAUAACUCCCAACGAGUCGAUCGUUAACGAAGAGGUUCAAUGCUCUCAGCCGACAGGUGGCGUUGUGGCCCCCCCGCGUAAUGCUUUAGAGGAAAGCCAGGGUGUUCCUGCGUCGGAUGAUGGUACUGUUGGCGAGGAGACGCAUGUGGGUAUCCCGGAUAUCUCGGCUUCUCUGCCUUCUGAUGGUGGGGUUGUGUGUGAUGGAGAGGCGGUUGAUACCCCUGAGGCUGUUUCUAUUGAUAUGACAGCAACUAAUGAUCUGGGUGCUGGCCGGGCUGCCCCUUCUGUUGUUUCCUCCCCACGCGAGGAUUCUGAUGAGGAUUUCACCACUCCCCCCCCUUCUAAAGUAGGGAAGGCUCCCUUCCAGGGUGAUUGUAAUGCUAACGAUUUGGAUGGAAUGCUUGGGAGGAGAAGUAAAAGGGUCCGUACUCUUUCUACCAAGCUAGAUGGUCGAUUCCAGUAUGAUAAGAAAACGAAGUUGUUAGUUGGUCAUCCAUCCCCUGUUGUCAACCAAGCUAACAUUUGCGUUGACCCUGAGGAACGCUUCCAAAAUUCACUGAAGAAACUCAAGGCGAUAAGUUCUAUUAGCUUUUGUGGUGGUGUUGCUCUGUCUAAUAAAGAUAUUUUGGAUUUAAUUGACCGGAAGAAAAAUCUUUCAAGCAAGGUUAUGGAUGCUCUUAUCAAGUUUAGUCGUCAUUUGUUGAGGACUGAUGAUGUUGACGGCGAUAAACUACGCGUUGAAGUCCUUGAUUCAAAGUUCGUUUCACAAUUCUGCCGUCAAUUCCCUAAGUUUUCCCGAUGCCCGUCCAAAUCGGAGUUCCAAUUCCCACUGCCACUAACCGAUCUCCUUUCCGGUGCUGGGGAGUCUGACCGUGUCCAGUUAUUCACGGAGGCUGAUUACUUGUAUCUGCCUUUUAACUUUGACAAGAAGCAUUGGGUAGUUUUAGCUGUUGAUCUUAAAUCCUGGAAGAUCAUUGUCUUGGAUUCAAAUAUCCAACGCCGCAAAGAUUCUGCUAUUCUGGAUGAGCUUAUGCCUCUCGCAGUAAUGCUGCCAUACCUUUUCAAACAGGCUGCCUUCAAUCCUCUUAUGGGUAACUGUCUGCUGGAUCCAUUUUCUAUAGAGCGUCCUCUUAUCAUUCCUCAGGUUGCUUCACCCCUUGAUUCCGGCAUCUUCUCUAUAUUCCUUAUCCAUACUCAUGCUACCGGGGGUGUGUCUGAAUGCGUGGAUUUCGAGGGUCAUGUGUUUAAGUGGGUUGAGGAUGCUGUGUACGAAGAGGUUGAAGAUGCUUUACCCAAAUUUGGAAUCAUUGCAAACGAGAUAAACCAAGCCAAAUCCGAGGUUAAUGAGCUUAAUGUGAUGUUACAAGAGCUUAAAGAUGAAGCAAUCUUGAGUAGAAGGGAGAUCCGCAAGUGGAAAGUGUGCUUGCUGAUGUGUUUUGUGUGGCUUUGCUUGAUCAGCAUUCUCAUUGUUUACAUGAUGCUUAGUCAGGCGAAGAAAAAGGAAUUAGCUGUUGGUUAUUAGUUAUUGAAGAAGUUAACUAGGUAAUAAUAGACUCGUUAUCUGAUCGUGUAUGUCGUUUUGUUUAAUUUUUGCGAUUUCUGCUAGAAGAUUUAAUGGGCUACCUUUUUAGAUAGUCGUUAUUUAUUUUACUGUGUAACGUUAUUAUCAUCUAGCACAUAAGCUGACUUACAGCUAAGUUAAUAGACAAGUUGUCUCCCC